CCCUCCAUCCUCCCCAAUGCAAAGAGAAAUAUAACUCACCAUCCAUGGCCAAGGCUUUCCAGCUUUCAUCCUUUUCCAUGCAUCUCUUCCAUUAGAAUCAUCAAGCAACUUAUUUCAUCAAUCCGAGCUUAAUAUAUAGGCAUCAAGACCAAAGUCUCUUGUCACCUAUCCAAAAUUCCCAAACGAAUCAGCUCCUCAUCAUUUCAUCUCCCAUUCUUUCCACCCACAUCAAGUAGCUAGCCAGACUCUCAUUCAAUAGAAAACAUGAAGCCAAAGUUCCCAAAAUUUCCCAAGCUAAAGCUCCUCUUCCUAGGCUGCUUCUUACUCUUUCUCAUCCUGAUCCUUUUGCUAAGAUCAAAAUCAUCUUUUUCAGUUCCACAAAGCACCUCACAAAAUAACCAAAUUAGCCCAUCAAAAGCACUUCCAACACCUUCAUGCACAAAGAUUCCACACUCCCUAGCAAACACCAUCAUCCACCAUGCAGCCUCAAACAUGACACCCCAACAAACCUUCAAUGAGAUAUCUGUAACAGCUAGAGUCCUGGAAAAGAAGUCACCAUGCAACUUCCUAGUCUUUGGCCUUGGCCAUGACAGCCCAAUGUGGAGUGCACUCAACCAUGGAGGCCGCACCGUCUUCCUCGAGGAAGACAAGGCAUGGAUGGAGACCGUCCGACAGAAGUUCCCGACAUUGGAAUCAUACCAUGCGACAUACGACACCAAGGUGAGUCAGGCAGAUCACCUCUUGAAGUUAAGGAGACAGCCAGAUUGUACAGCAGUAAGCGACAUGAGAUUCUCCAAGUGUCAAUUGGCAUUGAAGAGCCUACCAAUUGUGUUCUAUGAGGUGGAGUGGGACUUGAUCAUGGUGGAUGCGCCGACCGGGUGGAUCCCGGAGGCACCAGGGAGGAUGGGAGCAAUAUACACUGCAGGGAUGGCGGCGCGGGCGAGGAGCAAGGGAGAGACUGAUGUCUUUGUGCAUGAUGUGGAUAGAGUUGUGGAGGAUAAAUUCUCAAAGACUUUCUUGUGUGAGGGGUACUUGAAAGAGCAGGAGGGAAGGCUGAGGCGUUUCACCAUUCCCAGCCACAGGACGAGCUUGGGAAUGCCUUUCUGUCCCUGAUGGAGGAAGGAGUUUGCCACGUAGGAAGAGAUCUUGUUGCUAUUCUUUAUGGGCUUAUUCGGCAUUGUUGUUAAAGGGUACGGUGCUAUUUGGAUCUUGAUGGAAAGAUCUAUUAUUAUCAUUAUUAUGGAUUUUGUUACAUUUUUUUAAAUAGAUGAGAUUGGUGUAUGCUAGAGGCUUAUUCCACUUAUUGUUUGCUUCCAUGUUAUCCAUUUCUUAGAGAUUAAAUGUUGUUGGUUCCAAUCCUU